GUAAUCAGACUUGGCUUAUAGCUCUCAUGCUUGAAGAGGAACUAUUAUAACUGCUGUUGCUGCUUGAGGAAAGUUCAGCUACUCCACUGACUCCUUCUUUGUCCGGUAACAUGACCAGCAAGAAGUUAAUUGCAGUGUUUGGAGCAAUAGGAUCUCAGGGUGGCUCUGUGGCCAGGGCCCUUUUGGAGAGCAAAAAGUUUGUUGUAAGAGCAGUGACCAGGAAUGUGACUCAACCAAAAGCACUGGUGCUCCAGGAACUUGGUGCUGAGGUGGUAAAAGGGGACCUGAAUGAUAAAGCAUUGGUGAAGGUCGCCUUACAAGAUGCCUAUGGGGUCUUUCUAGUGACCAACUACUGGGAACAUCACAGCAAAGAGGAAGAAGUGUAUCAGGGAAAGCUGGUGGCAGAUGUAACCAAGCACCUGGGUGUGAAGCACGUGGUGUUCAGCGGCCUGGAGAACGUCAAGCGUCUGACUGGCGGGAAGUUGGCAGUUGAUCACUUCGAUGGGAAGGGAGAGGUGGAGGAGUAUUUCUGGUCCAUUGGUGUUCCCAUGACCAGCAUCCACUUGGCAGCUUACUUUGAAAACUUUCUCACUUUAUGGAAGCCCAAGAAAGCCUCUGAUGGAGAUUACUACACCGUGGCACUGCCUAUGGGGGACAUUCCCAUGGAUGGCAUCUCUGUUGCUGAUAUCGGAGCAGUCGUCUCUAGAAUUUUUGAUUCUCCAGGAGAGUUCUUAGGCAAGGCUAUGGGCCUCAGUGCAGAAGCGCUAACAGUACAGCAAUAUGCUGAUGUUUUGUCCAAGAUUUUGGGGAAAGAUAUCCGAGAUGCAAAGAUCACCCUGGAAGCUUAUGAGAAGCUGCGCAUUCCUGAUGUGGAGGAAAUGGCCAACAUGUUUCGUUUCUAUCAGAUGAAGCCAGCCCGUGAUGUCAAGCUCACCCACCGACUAAACCCCGAAGUCAAAAGCUUCAGCCAGUUUGUCUCAGAGAACAAGGAAGCCUUGAUGGGCAUUUAACUGUUCACCACAGGCACCUGACAGCUUUCUUUUUCCCUGAUUCUGGCCCUCUGUACAGCACAUCUCCAUUUACAGAACAGAUAUGUUAGAAUGCAAUAGUUUGCAACUCCAAAGGCAUCCCUGAAAUUCUCUCUGAAGUAGGAAACAUGGAAAUGGUGAUGGAGACAAUGAUUUGAUUCACAUAUAACUUUCCAGCUAGUGAUAAGGAUGGUAUACCUGUUAAGUAAGAAGCCCCAAACCUGGCACCUUCUGUAGCUCUGUCUCCCCAAUAGCCAAGUCGCCUCACCAGACUCUGGCCUGAGGAACUUGGAGCUUCUUCCCUAACAUGAAUGGCAAGUGGCCACUCAGCCUUCUCCUGCCUAACUGAUCCAGAGCCCUGGCUCUGAACCUCUCCUCCGUAGCUCCAGUUUUUUCCCCAAGUGCAUUGUCACAUUCUCAAUGAACUAAGUAAUUUUAAUUUCUUUAAAAAUAUAUUUUUAUUGAUUUCAGAGAGGAAGGGAGAGGAAGAAAGAGAUAGAAACAUCAAUGAUGAGAAUCAUCUAUUGCA